UUUUUUUUUUUCCUAAUGGAGUGGAUAUCCAGAUCAAUUCUCAUGGGAUUCGACUAAUUUCAUUCCGUUACGGAAGGAGAGGCCUCAUCUCUCCGAAUACAAUAAUCAUAGAACUCGAAUCUUUGUCAGUACUGAACACCAGCUCCUAAAAAAGCUUGUUGAGACCAACCGAGUUGACCACGAAAGCGUGAAAGGUGGGCGUCAAGUACUCCUAUUUGGAGAUGUCCCGCGGAUAUGUUGACUUCCUUAUCGGACAAGAAAGUACUACUAGUCCUAAAAAAUUUUUCGAGAACCAUUUCGUAUAAAUAAAUACUCCUCUCCCUCAGGCUCCUCCCACAGCACAAGCAUCUUUUCACCCCCCACCAUUUUGUUUCAGACAUCAAACAACUCUAGUCUUAUCAAAUUAUUCUUUCUUUGAUUAAAUUAAUGUCUCUAAGGGCAAGGUCGACACCAUCCGCCACCGCAACCUCGGUUGCCGCCACCACCGAAGAUGCUCCCGACACCCCAAAACCUCAACCACCACAGCGCUCCUCCUCACCUCUAUCUCAACGCGCACUAUCUCAAGCAUUAACCAGCACGGCCAACUUGGCUAACCUCCUCCCCACGGGGACCCUUUUAGCUUUCCAGCUGCUAACACCGGUUUUCACCAACAAUGGCUCGUGCGACGCGGCCACACGGCCCAUGACCAUCAUCCUCCUCGCCCUGCUCGCCGUCUCGUGCUUCCUAGCUUCCUUCACCGACAGCGUUAAAUUAUCCGAUGGGCAGGUUUAUUAUGGUUUUGCAACUUUUAGAGGAAUGUGGCUGUUCGACGCUCGGGGGACUAUUGCUUCUGGUUCUGAAGUUGGCGUUCCUGACUUGAGCAAGUAUAGAUUGGGAUUCAUCGACUGGGUUCAUUCAGUUCUAUCCGUUUUUGUGUUUGCUGCCGUGGCUUUGAGAGAUAAAAAUGUGGUGGGGUGUUUGUAUCCGAAGCCGGAUCAUGAAGUUCAAGAGGUUUUGGACAUCGUUCCCAUUGGAAUUGGAUGCCUUUGCGGGUUGCUGUUCUUGGUCUUCCCCACCAGAAGACAUGGGAUCGGCUACCCUGUCACUCCAGGCAAUUAAUUAGUCACAUGUUCUUCUGUCUAAUUAUUCUUUGAUUCUUCACUCUGUGAUCAGUAAUAAUAGUAUACAAAUUCUGUUCCCUGAUUAACAAAAAAAAAAAAAAAUUUGUCAUUGUUCUUAUUGCGUAGGAACAUGAGCAGCUUUGAUUUGUAAUGGACUCAAUUUAAUUAAAACUUGAAAGUUCAAAAUAUUGAAGUUGAAAAGUAACCAAUGGUUGAAAUUGUUGGGAAGGUUUCGUGGAAUGGUAUUGAAGAAGCAACAAAUGGAUGGGAUUUGGAAA